GCGUUCCAGUACACAAGGUGUGUGUGUGUGGUGUUGAGCUAGAAAAGCGUGAACUGCUCAGGGAAACUACUCGACGAGUUUGGAGCUGAUUGCUUGCUUGAUUGAUUGCUUGAUUGAUUGCUUGCUUGCUUGAUUGCUUGAUUGCUUGCUUGCUUGAUUGAUUAGUUGAUUAGUUGAUUAGUUGAUUGAUUGAUUGAUUGAUAAACUCGGGAGUUGUCGAUGGCGGCCGCAACGAUGGCGUUGUAUUCGACUUCCCCGCCUGGCGUGAUUCAGGGCCACUCGGGUAUGAUGAACAUGCGAACGAGCAUUCCUGGGGGAUCCGACGUGGACGGUAGUAUGCGGAAACCAGCCACUAGCAAUCAUGCGCCACCUCAGUGCUCUAAAGCUACUGCCACGUCAGCCGCCGCUAUCAGUGGCGGCUUGUCACACAUGUUCUCUCUCCCCUCAUCGACGUCCAAGCUGCAGCACCUUUCCUCCCAGUGUGCGAUGGCAAGUGGCGUGUGCGCGACGUCGUCCGACCAAGCGUGCGACCUCGGGUCAUCGUCUUCCUCCGACAUCUCGGGUCACGGACAUGGAGGAGGAGGAGGAGGAGGAGGUGGAGGUGGUAUUGGGAUGAUGAGCGGUGGCAGCACCAUGGGGGUUGCCGGGUGUUGCGUUGGAAGGGAUUUCGUCGGCGAUGGAUGCCGUGGCUCGGCGGCGGCGGCGGCUCCUUGCGCCUCCUCCGCUUCGUCGCCUUUCUCCUCCCCGAUGGCUUUCGCAAGGGAGCGGAGCCCUGUCUCCGUCCUCCUUGGUGUGGGCGGAAGCUGCAGCAGCAGCGCUAGCAGGAUUGGCAGCUACUCAUCUGCGGCGAGCUCGUUCGGCAGUCCGUCUUCCUCGUUGUCGGCGCUACAUAUUCAUACCGCCUCCGCGGGAGGCCCGGGGGGAGGGGGGUUUGGAUCCCUUCCUUCUUCGUUCGAUAACGGAGACCGUUUGUCGGACCGUUUAGCGUCGUCGCCGUGGAACUCCAGACGGAGCGGCCAUGGAGGGGCUGCGCCGGACCGAAGGUUGACGCCGCCCUCUCGCGCCACGGCCUUUGGCUUUCCCGCCGUAAAGGAUGGAGGGGGGGAUAAGUGGCUACACUGCGCGCCGAGUGGGUCUUUGGGAGGAGUAGGGGGAGAGAUGGUGGACAUUCACAUGAACGUUCAUAGCCUGAGAUUGUCUUCUUCUUCGUCGAGCUUCUGCUGCAGCGAUGGUGGCGGCGGAAGCUGCAGCAGCGGGUUUUCUUCGGCGGCGGCGGCGGCGGAAGCGUCGCCUCCGUUCUUCUCCUGCGCGUACGGAGGAGAUCCCGCCGAUCCAUCAUCGGCAACCCCGGCGCGCAGUGUGGCCGCGUCUGCGGUCCCGAGGUGGGGAGGCAGGGGAGUCGCGACUGCGGCUGUGACUGUCCCGACGCCAUCGCCGCUCCUCCGUCGGGACGACGCAGAUGCGGCUGCGGUCGCGACGCUCGAGCCGUCGGAAGUCGGGGUCGGAGUCGGAGUCGGAUUCGCUGGUGGGUGCUCCUCCCCCAGAUCGAUCCGGCUCGAUGACGUGUUGGGCUGGAAUUCUGCCACGUCAUCGUGCUCCUCCGCCGCCACCGUGGAAAGAAGGGAGUCGAGAUAUCACCGGGGAGAGUGCUUAACUCCGGCCAGCAACGGAAAUGCGACGGAACCAAGGAGAGUAGGUGUAGCAGGACGGGGUCCAAGAGUAGGAGCAGGCGGCGCUGGUUAUCUUCCACGUUCCUCCUCCCCCUCCUCCCCCCCCUCCUCCUCCCCUCCUCUCCUCGACAUGCGUACUCGGUCCGUGGAAGUUGCUCCUCCUCCCGCACCGACCGGUCGCAGUGGGCGCGUCUUGAAGGAGGAUGACACGUCAUCGCAGCUGAAUCGAGUGGUUGUACGGAGGCUUCUCCUCCGAGCGCAGUCCCGACACAAGCUUUUCUACGAUCCCCUCGUUAAGAGGGCCUUCAACGUCGCGGCAACUGCGCACGAGGGACAGAUGCGUCUGAACGGCGAUCCCUACUUAUCUCACUGCGUCGAGACAGCUAUCGUCCUCGCAGAGACGUGCAACGACAAGGUUCUCGUUGCCGCUGGCCUCCUCCAUGACACGCUCGACGAUUCAAUGAUGAAUGAACGCCAGCUGCAGGAGAUGUUCGGAUCGGAUAUCACCAACCUGGUCACAGGGGUUUCCAAAAUGAGUCAUAUCAGUCAGCUGGCGCGAGAGCGACAGGCUCCGCUGGGUGCGCGGGAGGCGGAGAGACUGAGGAACAUGUUCCUGGCUAUGGCUGACUACAGGGUGGUGUUGAUCAAAUUAGCGGACAGGCUGCACAACAUGCGGACGCUGGAAGUUCUUCCGCCGGCCAAGCGGCAGAGGCUUUCGGAAGAGACGUUGGAUAUCUUUGCGCCCUUGGCGAAUCGCUUGGGCGUCUGGAGCUGGAAGGCGGAGCUGGAAGAUCUCUGCUUCAUGUAUCUGCAGCCGGAAACGUAUAGGGAACUGGUAGCCAAGCUGAGAGAUUCGCACAGAGGAGAUUCUUUGAUGACUGCAAUGCGGCAGAUGGAUGAAGGACUCCGUGAAUCUGGGGUAGCGUACGAGGAUCUCUGUGGGCGGCCCAAGAACUUGUUCAGCAUUUGGACGAAGAUGAAAAACAAGGGGAGGGGCAUAGAUGAAAUAUUUGAUGUCCGGGGCCUGCGAUUGAUCGUUCAUAACGAAUCUGACUGCUAUGCUGCACUGGAAGUGGUUCGCGGUCUGUGGAAGGAAGUACCUGGGAGAUCCAAGGACUACAUCAAGAACCCGAAGGGCAACGGCUACCAGUCUUUGCACACGAUCGUGUCAAUAGAAGACGGCCGGCCUCUGGAGUUGCAGAUUCGGACAGUGGAUAUGCAUCAGCGCGCCGAGUUUGGAAUGGCUGCUCACUGGCGGUACAAGGAGGAGGUAGGGGAUAAUUAUCCUCUUCACGUGGCUCAGAAAGUACAAUGGGCAAGGUGCUUGCUGACGUGGAAGAAUGAGAUGGACAGGAAGCUGCGAUUGGCACCACAUGAAGGCGGUAGCGUGCGAAAACCGUGCCCCUUCCCUGAGCAUCUGAGCGAGUGCCCGUAUGGAAAGCUGGGUGCUCCUGGUAGCGAUGCAGAGAACAAUGAUGACCCACUCUUCAUCAUUAUGCUGGAGGGAGAUCUGAUGCAAGUCCAGGAGCUUCCAGGCGGUUCUACUGCGUCGGACUUGGUGAGCGAACGUGUUCUGGGUAUGUCGUCAGUCAUGGAUACGCCCCCGGGAGUGAUCCGACCGCUAGUCAAUCACUAUCUUGUGGAGGAUUUGUCGCAGAAGCUUCACACCGGUGACCUGGUCGAGUUUGUCGCGGAGCCAGAACUAGAGCCCACAUUGUCACCGAUUCUACCUCUUCACGGGAUCGCUCAGAGAGGUGCAGAGUCUGCCAAGGCUGCGGAGUUGGCGGUGGAAUUUGAGCGGCAACGUCUCUCACGGUGGUUUAGAGUUGCGAACGGGCCACAUCAGGUUGAGGGAAGGAGGAAAGGACGUUCGGGAUGACUGUACAUGGACAGCUGAGGGCAAAUUGGCUAAUGUGUACAUUUUCUUCAGAGGUGGAAGAUGAAGCGCAAGUCCCGAAGCUUUGUGACCACUACGUGUGCAUGCCGCCGCCCAAAGGGUUCGUGGCCGGAAACACGGCGGCGAUCUCCAAUCUCGGAAAGUCUCCACCCAGUUGGUGCACAGCAAGCCCAUCUUUUCCGGGCAAUGGUGGUUUUGCCUGAUACAUUGCGGUGCUCUACCAACCCCGCCUUGUUCCUUCGGAUCGGGGAUUACCUUUUACCUUGUCCUGUGGCGGUACACGGGAGAUGCACUGCAUGUGGUGGAGAGUUUAUGUUUAGGUCAUGUGAUCCAUCUGCCACCCAUUCCUCUCUGUAAAGGCAGGCCAUUCCACCAUCGUUUGCGCUCUCACCUCGUGGCCUGAGAUGAGCUAGAAUGGGUUCCCUCGCUGAGGUGCCGGUGAGCUGAUGCACAGUUCGAUCCGAUGCUGCAGUCCCAACGGAUGUGCAACUGGGAUUUUUUGGGUGCUCUGCGUUGGUAAUAUGUCCUCGAUCCUGGCGGCGCUGGAUUGGAAAGUAUGGUUGGGUCUUCUGUGGUAGAGGGUUGGCGAGGCCAGGACAAUGAUAUUCUCGAGGAGUCUCUUCUCAAGGAAGGUGGCGUUUGGUACCCUUCGUGAACUUGAUUGUCUGCAACUGCGGUAGGUGGGUGUUUCGGAGUGUUGAGAUGAGUGGUGGUUGUGCUGCGGAAGAUGCUCGAGGCAGUCGUUGCAUUGUGGCAGUGAUGGCACUGAUCUGUGAAGAAGAGCAUCUACUGAGACGCAGAGGAGGGAGUUGUUGUGGCUGUGCUGCUGUGGCAGAUAGUCAAGGCAUCUGGCAGUGAGGUGUCUAAGGAUCUUUGAAGAAGAGAGUCUGCAGGGAAGCAGAGGAGGGAGGUGUUAUGGCUCUACUGCUGGCAUGCCGGUCAGAGAAGAGAGGAGUUGUAUGCGGGCAUCUGAGGUAGAACAUCUCACCUGAAAUAGGUUGUGAGGAUGUGUGAGUCGUUGUGGUUGCCUUUGCUCAUCUGUUCAAGGGUUGAUUGGCAAAUGAAUCGCAUGGUGGUCCGUAUUGUGCAUUUUUUCUUCAGAAUUAUAGAGGGUAUGUUGCUUUAUUCCUGGUCUUGCCCGGGCUUUCGUCCCCGUCUUGUAUUAUAUAUAUGUGGUCGAUUCAUGGCAGUUUCAGUUGGAUUACGUCUUGGGUAGGCGGUGUCACUGGAGCUGCAAAUUGCCAUAUUAUCUUCAAUCUGCUAACUAAUUUCUUGAAAAAAAUUAACCCUGCAGCCUAGUAGUAGGUUAGGUUUGUACAGACUUUGGCUGAUGCGGGCAUGCCUCUGCAGUGUAGCCAAGGCCCACUACGGCAGGACUGAUGAAUGCCAUCAGGGCCCGCAUCUUUUCAUUCUUAUGGCCGGUUGUGAAUGCAUGUUUGUGGGGUUGGGAGGGGAUAUGUGUGCAGAGGCAGAGCUGAAGGGUGGUCGUUGAGUGUACCAAGGAGAGGGGGGGGAGAGAGAGAGAGAGAGAGAGAGAGAGAGAGAGAGAGAGACUGGGGUAUAUCCAGGAUUGUAGAUGUAUAAACUUGAGGAUUAUGUACAAGUGCGCGUAUGAUCGGCGUGCUACAAAUUCUUUUUGGCCAUCACGAGGAGGGGAGGUGCGCAGUUGGCAAUGAUGAUAACGGUGCUUUGACAGGUCACGGAACCUAGCAGAGGGACUUGACGGUGUGAGCACUGCUGUGGCACUGCUGCAGCACUCCUACCGUUGUGAGGACUGUAGCGGCUUCGCUCCUUUGUGGUAAAAAAUCUCUAGAGGAGGCAUCUUCGGUUUACCCUUUCAGGGCGUUUUGCCCCCUCGGUCCCAGAGCUUUGCUCUUCAUCGAUAGCCAUGCAGUUUUGGCGUUGAUGAGAAGCGGAGCUGAUCGGUCGGGCAUCUUGUCGUGCGCUUGUUCCGGACGUUGAAGUACUGGAGCUUUGCUCUACGUCGAUAGCCAUGCAGUUUGCAAUUGACGAGAGCUGAGCUGUUCGGCAUCUUCUUGUAUUUGUUCCCGAUGGAUGGCCGUAGAGUUGGUCCAGAUGUGAGGAAGGAUUGCUCUGAUCGUGUGGGUCUGUGUCUCGUGCGCUUCGUGCGAUCCUCUGCCAAGGUCGUGUACUGAUGGUCGUUGGAAAGCGGAAAGGCAGACAGACCUUCGAUGCCUUCGAUGCGCUGUUUGAUAUUGUUGUUGUGCCAUUUGCAGCUUUUCCGAUGGAACGCCUGUGGACUUACAGGCGUGGCAGAACACGGAAUGGUGCGGUAGCAACUGAUGAUCAGAAAGAAAGGUUCUGCCCUACGGUCUAGGGUUUUAUUGGUAGAAGAAUGCUCGAGUCUCCUGUCGAUUUUUGGACAUGAGAUUUGUUAUCCGUUGUUAUUGUUCUGCCAUUGCAGUGACCUGUUUUUUUUUGUUUUUUUGUUUUUUUUUGGCAGCGAAUUAUAAUUCACAGAGAUGCACGCACAGCGCAAUCAGGGCGUUCCUGGUCAGCUGUGCCACAACUGAUAUAUACCGACGUCCGGUUGGAAUAAGUGUGCACAUGUUGUAGAAGCACUGUGCCACAGCUGUACGGCGUGACAACAGAUGCGUAGUCUGUUGGGAGUUUAGUAGGCGAUUGGUGGGGAAGACGGUAGGAGGUGUGGUCGGAUGGGAAGGGAGAUCCCUAUCCUCCUCCUCUUGUACAGUUAUGGGUGAGGAGGAGAUUAGUUGGGCACUGCUCUGCCCAAAGAAUGAGGCUGUCAUCCGGCGGAUUAUACGAAGCCGUUCUGAGCCAUUUUCAUAUUGUGUGCGAUGCACCGAAAAUGACAUGAGCAUAUGAAACUCAGUAAUCCGUACUGUAUUGUAUAUAUGGGGAGCGAUGAUCGGAGAUCUGUGAAUGAACUACAUGCGUCCAUGUGAACAAAAAAGGGCCGAGUCG